AUGUACUCCAGGCUAUCAUUUAGUGCUUGGAAUAUAAAUGGCCUGAAACAUAACACUAUCGGUAACAAGCUUACCAAUGGUGAUUUUAUACAAAAUAUAAAAGGUCAUGACUUGAUCUUCUUGACUGAAACAUGGUCCAAAGAGACAAACAGCAUUCCUGGUUUCAAGGCAGUAUCUACCAUUACGGCAACUCCCAGAUCCAAUCGUAGUUGCCGUUUGUCUGGUGGAAUUUCAGUCUUGUUUAAAAAAGAAUUGGAAACCUUUCUCUCAAUUGAAAAACAAACAAAAAAUUUCUUGUGGUGUCGAAUAGAUCGUACAAUUUUAAACCAAACAAAAGAUCUAUUUGUUUGUGGGGUCUACAUUCCGCCAGAAAUGUCUCCAUACUUUGAUGAUGAAAUAUUUGAAGAACUGGAAAAUGACAUUUUGAAUUUCUCCAAAAAAGGAAACAUAAUGCUGUUAGGGGACUUUAAUGCCCGUACCAGCAAUCUGAAAGAUUUUGUAUCAAAAGAAGGCAACACCUUCAUAAAUGACAUCUCUGAAACAUCUUUUGAACCAAAAAUCAGAGAAAGUUUUGAUAACUCUACUAACCAGCAUGGUAAAAGUCUUAUUGAAAUUUGCAAAAAUUGCAACAUGAGAAUUCUGAAUGGAAGAACUCUUGGUGACUCGUUUGGUAAACCCACUUCCCAUCACAAAAAUGGAACUAGUGUAGUUGACUAUAUAAUCUGUGACCAAGAGCUUACACAAACCAUCGAAAACUUUAUUGUCAAACCACCAACCUACUUAUCUGACCACAGUCAAAUUGUGACGUGGAUCAGAACAAAGCAACAUAUUAACUCAACUAGCAACAUAACUCCGACUCCCAUAUCUACUACUCAUAAACUCCCUUAUUAA